CUCUUUGUUGCCUAUAGGUACAAACUCUGCGCCGACAAGAUCAGUUCGAGUAGAAAUCGCAAAGGGGACAAACGUCUUGCGGAUUAGCGAUUGCGGUGGCACCAACAUUCCAGAAUAGCACUCAAACGCCGGUAGUGUUGUUCUUCGGCAUAACAUUGUAAUAUAAAGGCAACAAUUAAAAUAUUCAUACCGAAAAUUAACUUGAAAAUAAAUAUCCAUUGGUAUUUGCGCUUUUUAAAGCUUAAAUAAGUGCUUGAUUGUUGAAAAGAGAACAAAAUAAACAAAAAUACUAUUGUGUGAUAUUUUCGUAGUGGAAACUAAAUAAAGCUAAAGUAACAAUAACAUCAUGCCACCAAACGCCACAGCAAAUACACAAUCCAUAACCAAUUCGUUGGUUACGGACGCCAGUGCUGAUUCAAAGACUCUGACUGAUAACUCUACUGGUGUACUCUUCGAACAAGAUGCCGAGACCUAUGAUGGCGGCCUAGUGAAGGACAUUGAAAAAUUGAAGAAAGCUGAGAAACGAAGACUAAAACUUGUUUGGCGAAAUAUAAUCGCAUUCGUCUACGUGCAUUUGGCAGCAGUUUAUGGACUUUGGCUUAUGUUGACAUCGGCCAAAUGGCCAACUAUUGCGUUUGCUAUAUCCUUAUAUGUGAUUUCUGGCCUGGGUAUAACUGCGGGUGCACAUCGUCUCUGGGCUCAUCGCGCCUACAAGGCCAAAUGGCCAUUGCGUCUGAUUCUGAUGAUUUUCAACACAAUCGCAUUCCAGGAUGCUGCCUACCACUGGGCACGUGACCAUCGUGUACAUCACAAAUAUUCGGAAACUGAUGCUGAUCCACAUAAUGCUACACGAGGCUUCUUCUUCUCCCACAUGGGUUGGCUAUUGUGUAAAAAACACCCUCAGGUGAAAGCUAAAGGCAAAGGUAUGGAUUUGUCUGAUUUGCGCGCCGACCCCAUUUUAAUGUUCCAGAAGAAAUAUUACAUGAUUCUCAUGCCAAUAUUAUGCUUCUUGGUGCCAACCAUGACUUCUAUGUACUUAUGGAAUGAAAGUUUCAUUAAUUCUUGGUUUGUUGUUGCUAUGUUCCGCUGGUGUUUCACUUUAAAUGUAACUUGGCUUGUGAAUAGUGCUGCCCAUAAAUUUGGCGGAAAACCGUACGAUAGAUUUAUCAAUCCAUCAGAAAAUAAAUCGGUCGCGUUCUUUGCUUUCGGUGAAGGCUGGCACAACUAUCAUCAUGUAUUUCCAUGGGACUACAAGACAGCUGAACUUGGCGAUUAUUCCCUGAAUUUGACCACGGCUUUUAUUGAUUUCUUCGCCAAGAUCGGCUGGGCCUACGAUUUAAAACAGGUGUCUCACGACAUUAUCGAGAAACGUGUCAAGCGUACAGGCGAUGGUUCACAUGCUACUUGGGGCUGGGGUGAUCAGGAUCAGUCUAAAGAAGAAAUGGCGGAUGCGUUAAUCACACACAGAAAAGAUGAGUAGAAUAAAAAAGAUGAACAAAGAAAUAAAUAUCCAGCGAAGAUCAACAGAUGAACGUAAGCGUGUGUGUAUGUGAGAAUUGGUAAAAAUUUUUGGAAAAAUGUGGGUGGGUGAAUCACAAGUGAAAGGAAUGGAAAACGACUGUUAAGUCGUCAGUUGCCUUCUUGGCAAUAAUAAUGCAAGUAUGUAUAUAGCGAUUUGGAAUGCAUUAAAAAAUAAUGAAAUGGAAUCAUUUGAGUGUGUGGAGUACCGGAAUCAAUCUAAUAGCAAAUUUCUAGAUAUUCAAAGGCUAACAGAAACAAACAAAAGUUUAUAUAUUGCACGGCAUUAAAUAGCUUAAUUUGAAACUUAAGUUUUCUAAUGUAAACAAAUACCUUAACUGAACCAAUCUUUGUGAAGUGAUCAGUGUAUUGUACGCAAGCACAAAAUAGUUCAUUACAUCUGUGAGUAAUUGUCUUAUGAAUUAUCGAUGUUAUACAUAUGUGCUGUUAGACAUUUUUUUCUUCCACAUCUCUUUAAUUUAACUUAUGUGUUUUCGAGGUGUGUGAAGAUGGCAUUGACCUAAGGACCUACUUGCGUAAGCACCGGAGGUUAAUAUGUAAAUACAAUCAUACAAAUAUAAAUAUAAGUGCUGAAAUUGCAUGCAUAAUGAAUUGAUAAUCGGCUAAAGAAGAGAAAAAUGUAAACUAAAUGAAUUCAGAAAUCAGGCUUAAUUCCGAUAGCAUUGUAACCAAAAACCUUAAGACGUUCCAUGAACUACUUUAACGGCAAUGAAAUUAAUAUAUUAAUAAAUUUUAUUAAUUUCAAAUUCAGUGGUCCAAAUCAUUACUAUUAGUACGCUAAAUGCCACACGAUACACGCUAUUUAGAAACUUUACUAUACUACAAAUGGGGUUCUUAGUAUUUAUUAAUGAAAACAGAUAAUAUUAUAUAAAAUAUGUUAUUUCUAAAAAUAAAUAUAAACUAUUGCAUAUAAA